AUGGAAGAUUGGUAUCAUAUCUUUCUAACUGCACUCCAUACUGUUGCUGCAACUGCACCUCCUGCAUGGGAGCAUGCUUUUGAAAAGACCAUUGAAGCUUUGCCCCAGAGCUACAAGGUUGCCCAAAACCAGUCAACUAAAACAGGUGAACCAUGUUCUUUCAUUGGAUAUUGCAUUGAACCUGUCAUUCUCAAUGCAGUAUUCCCUGUGAUUCAACAUAUAGUGGAUACAACUCCCUGUUAUGCUGAGUGUUGGAACUACUUCUUCCAUCUCUGCAGGAUGAACCUCAAACUGUCAACUAUGAAUAUCCAUGGUUGUGAGGAUGCAAACCCAAUCAACUAUGCCUUCCAUACAUUUGACUUCAUUGAUUGGCUGAUUAUCAGCCCAAGCAAUAUCAUAGCUGACGUUGGACUAGCCAUCAAUCUCCUAUGUCCGGCCUUCAGGACCCCACAGAAGGAUAGCUACUGUCAUACCCAUGUUGUGGCUGGCCUUUGUGCAGUUGACAGGUCUGAAGCACUAGAGGGAGGAGUUAUCAAGAUACAAGUCUAUCACAAGGAUAUGGUCUUAACAUACUGGCAUUGGGAUAGUUCAGUUGGUGCAAACUUUACAGUUGACAAGUCCCUUUUGAUAGGACACAGAGAGAAAUUUGCAUCACAGAUGAAAGAUUUCCAGGAUAUAAUGGAUGAGGCUGGUACAUAUGGGCUAUGUCUAGAAGAGAGGCUGACAGCAAGGGGGGCCAUCCAAAUGAUUCAACGCAACCCAAGGCAUAUUGUUGAGCGUUUAAUUAUGGCUGAAGCAAUGGUGGCCCAUCCAACAUCAACAGUUGCUGGACUCAAAUCCAUGCUGAGCAAAACCUGGUCUGCAAUCAUCUUUUGGCAGCAGCAAUUCUCAAUUUCCUCAAGGAGAUCACCAGAAGUGAUGCUUCUUGCUUCUGCCUUGGCAUACUUCCUGAAGGGACUUGUCAAACAGCCAGAUGACAUGAGUCCUACAAGAGAUAUGGCUGACCAACUGCAUCUGAUUGAAGGGGCAAGUGCCUUUGGCCUUCCUUUUGUGAGAUCUAGGUUCUUGGACAAUAGCUACCUACGCCUGUCAUAUGCUGUUGAGGUCAACACCUUCAAGAUACUUUAG